CUUGGAGCUCUGACAGGAAACUUUCCUCUGCUUGCUGCUCUCUGGAGCUGCAGCUCAGCCGCAGCUCAGCCCACCAUCUGAAAUGCACUUGACUGGACCGAGCGGAGCGUCUCCCCCAGCCAUGGCUCUCCAUCACCCUCUGCGGACAGCGCGCCAGUGAGGACGGCCAACAGUGACCGGGACGCUUUUCUGGGAUCAGCUUUGGAGCUAAGAGACAGUCGCUCGCUUUUAACUCACACUGGACGCGAGGAUGGAGACGCUGCUUUACCUGCUCGUCUUCGUGUUGCCCCGGGUUAGCUGGGGUCUUGGGUACUCGGAGUCCAGUAUUCAGACGGGACAGAGAGCGGCCAGCAGGCACAGGAACUGGUGUGCUUAUGUGGUGACACGCACCGUUAGCUGCGUGAUGGAGGAUGGGGUGGAGACGUACAUCAAGCCAGACUACCAGCGCUGCACCUGGGGCCAAUGUCCGAGAGUUGCCUACCGGACAUACAGGAGGCCAAGGUAUAAGGUAGCUUACAAGAUGGUGACCGAAAUGGAGUGGAAGUGUUGCCAUGGUUACUCGGGGGAAGACUGCCACGAUGGGCCAAAGGUGACCACUGACACUCAGGUCAAUGGAGGGCGACCCCGCGUCACGCAGACGGGCUACAACACAGGCGGCGGACAGAGAGGCGAAGGCGACUCUGAGAAGAUCAGACAGCUGGAGGACACGAUCCGUGGUCUGACCAAAGACCUCCACAACAUGCAGACCACCAUUCACGGCAUAAACCAGAGGCUGCCUGGUCUGAAUGGGGCUGUUGUCCCUGCUGAUUCAGCUCAGCCACACAUGAAGGAAACCAUCAACAACAUCCAGACCAAGCUGGACCAACUCUACAACAGGACGCAGGUCCAUGACCAGACACUGCUCAACAUCAACAACCACCUGGUUAACGGAGGAGGCAACGAACUGGACGGAGUGGCCAGAGGAGGAGGACCCGGAGGAAACCAGCUGAACAGUCUGAAGGAGGAGAUACUGACAGAGCUGGAGAGAAGGGUCUCUCUGUCCUGCUCUGCCUGCCAGGCUGGUGUGGAGGAUAUGAGGCGCCAGCAGCAAGAGGACAGGGAGCGGAUCCAAGCCCUGGAGAAGCUGAUCAGCUCCAUGGACCAGCACCUGAGGCAGAGUCUGGACGUCUCCCGCAGAGAGACCGAACGCUUCCAGGCCUGUUGCAACACAGUCACUGAGCUGGAGAAGAGGGUGUCUGACGUCGAGGUCCGUGUCACCUCCACAGCUAACAAGUGCGACACGAUUAAAGGGCGGCUGGAUAAGGAGCUAGCCGGGACAGGCGGAGGAAAGGGAAGAGUGACAGAGGACAGGUUGAACGGCAGACUGAGAGAAUUGGAAAAGAGGGUGAAUAACACAGUGAGAAAGGCAGAACAGAGGUGUACGAACACUGGGAACAACAUGAAGGACAACGUCCAGAGAGACGUCACACAGCUGCGCAACAUGGUCCUCAGUCGGUUGGAUGACCACAGCUUUAAGAUCGGCAAGAUAGAGCUGGAUGUGGCUGUUCUGGGAGAUACGGUCACUGACCACAGUCGGCGUUUAAGUCAGAUGGAAAACAUCACAACCUUCCUGGACAGAAGGCUAACAUCGACCACGAAGAUCUGCAAUGAUACCUGUGGGCCUAAUGGAAAAGGCCAUAAGACUGAUGACACUGUGAAAACCUUACAGUGGAGAGUUGUGGCCAACCAAGACGAGAUCCAGAAGUUUAACACCAGGUUAAAUGAUUUGUCCAUGUCAGGGGACUCGCUGAGUGACAGAGUGAUCAACCUAACAAACGAUGUCAAAAAGAUAAUAGACGUGACAGGGGAGAACGGUGAGCAUUUCAACCGAAUUGUCACCGAGGUCGAAACGUUGGGCCGUGAUUUUGAGGACUGUUCUGUCUGCAGCAGUGUAGAGGAGGACUUGCUCUUGCUUGCCAACUCCACCAAGGACGGGCUCAGCAAGUGCCAGGCAGAACUAACCGACCUGCGGAGGAAGGUCGACUCAGGAGAAUCUGUCUGCUCUCAGGUGUGCUCCAACCUUCAGGAGGAAGUAGGGCGACUCAGAGAAGACGUGGAGGAGUGCACUGGGCAGUGCAGAAUCAACAUAAAUGACCUGAAGGAGCGCCUGGAUGGUCAUAGCGUCCAUAGUGGAAGAUUAGGAGGGGAUCUGAAGUCCAUCCAAGGAGAGCUGGCUGUGGUCUUGGGCACGUUUAACUCCAUCAAUAACACUCUAAAGGGCCUGGGAAGGACUGUUCAGAUACAUGGGGACACGCUGACUGAUCUGAACAGCGCCAAGGACAACGUCAUCUCUGAGGUGGACAAUUUGCAGAAGGAGCUGACAGAGCACGUUGAUGACUCAAAGAUUCGAUUCGGCAGUCUGGGCAAAGAGCUCCAAAUCAUAAGGAGCAACUAUGUGACGGAAGUGGGGGAGUGCCGACGGUCCAGCGACGGCCUGGACCGAAGGCUCUCCAAGCUGGAGGGAGUGUGCGGACGCUUCGACUCCUUUUCAGACAGCCUGGAGAGGAUCAAGGAGGGCCUCAACCGACAUGUGUCUGGACUGUGGAGCUGCGUUAAUGGACUCAACGUCACGGUCACGUCUCAAGGAGAUCUUAUCGACAACAUCCAGAACGUCCAGCUGGAGAAAGUCCACUCCAAUAUACACAGGCUGAACUCUUCAGUGGUGGACUUGGUCAAGGAGUUCCACAGUUUCAUCGAGCAGGACUUCAUGGGUCCACCUGGUCUACCGGGCCCCCGUGGAGAGAGAGGAGAUCAUGGACCUCAGGGUCCAGUAGGACCCCAAGGGAGGGUGGGGCUUCCAGGCAGAGAGGGCAAGCAGGGACCAGCUGGACCCCCAGGUCUCAGAGGUGAACAGGGUCUCGCAGGGUCCGAUGCCCAUGUACCGCGCCUUUCUUUCUCUGCUGCUCUGACUCGCCCGAUGAGAAACGCAGGGACCAUCGUGUUCAACGAGGUCUUUGUCAACGAAAAUAACGCCUACAACCCCAGAACAGGUUAUUUCACAGCUCCAGUGAGUGGGAAGUACUUCUUCAGCGGCGUCCUUACAGGCCAUAAGAACAUGAAGAUUGAGGCCGUUCUGUCCAAGUCCAACACAGGUGUGGCCCGAGUGGAUUCAGCUGGGUAUCAGCCUGAAGGCCUGGAGAAGCCUAUGGCAGAGGCCAAACACAUCCCUGGAGCCCUGGCUGUCUUCAACAUCAUCUUGCCCAUGGAGGUGGGGGACACAGUCUGCAUCGACCUCGUCACUGGCAAGCUGGCCUACUCGUCUGAACCCUUGACCAUCUUCAGUGGGAUGCUGCUGUAUGAAACCAUCUGAUCGGAUGCGGCCUCGCUGUAAUUAGUCUCCGUGGGUGAAACCUUCAGCACGAGAGCAUCUCAUUUGUCUGCUGGACUGUAAGAGACAGAGCCGUCAAAGAGACUGAAGCAACUGGACUGGAUUCAUUCAGCAAGGAGAAAAAUACUUUAUAUUUUACCUUAUGUUUGAAGAAGGAAGGCAAAAAUCCUUCUCAACCACAAUCAUGUUUUGUUUGUUUCACAGCUUUAAGGAAAACAAAUGAGCAAAGAGCCAUUGUAUUUUUUAUUGUAUGAUAUGAAGCCACUGCAGGGUUAUCUUAUAAUUCCAUAUUUCAUGCUGUGCUCUAAACUUGAAUUCUUUACUGAUUACGCCGAGUUAGCCUCCAGGUCUGACUUGUGCUAAUGAAAGGAGAUUCUGUAAGACAAUUGGACCUUUUGUUUUUUGUGUGUCAUCCACCCACAGCAUAUCAAAUGUUCAGAGUUUAUAAUGUAGUUUCUUUUCUGCUUGCUCAAAGUUUCAAUUUGACCACAAGCAAAUUCCCAGAAACGUAACACUGAGUGCCAGUUGCCAAACCACUAUUCUCUAGAAGGAAAUGCUCAAAUGAAGUCACUGACAGUUCAGUCGGGAAACCACAGGAUUUUCUAAAUCAUACAAAAGCAAAAUAAUACGACCAUUUUAGGACAUUAGCUAUGCCCAGAAACAUGAAGGGAGAUGGAGGAUGACCAGGGGGAAGAAUGGGGAUUUUUUUCUCUGUCCUAAUAAGGGCCAUCUAAACUUGGUGGAGGAUCAAGUAUUUAAAGUUAAGAAGCUGUUACUAUCAGUCUUACAUUGGAAUUUUUUUGUAGAGCUAACAAUAACAAACAAUGAAACUACACAUACCCUCGUCUCUACGCUACAAAUCCGACCUCUUUCAUGAAUACACACACUUCCUGCCUUUAGAAGUUUAAUUGAAAUGUCUGUGGGAGUAAAUAUGUGCAUGAUAUCAAGUUUGUAGAUAUUAUUGAAUGGAUUUUAAAAGGAACAUUGCACAUUUUCUGUUUCGAUAAUAUAGCAGAUUCGGCCACAUUUGGAUUAUAUUUACAUCGUGGUCAGAAGUCAUAAAUCAAUCAGUACCAGCAUUUCAGGGUUUGCUCACAAUGCAUAUUUUUUCCUCAGUGUUCAGUGUGGGAAUUUGAUUUUAUAUAUAUUUCUAUGCAUUAUAUAACCUUGAAAGAAUGUAAAUAUUUUUCAUCAGUUUUGUCUGGAUAAGAUUUUUACAAGUUACCACUUCACCUUGCCAGGUACUGUAUAUGUUUUGUAUGUUUUUGCAACAUGUGUGCCUGAAAUACAGAUACCCAGUUUUACACAA